CAUAAAUAGCCCUCGGCGGGGCGGCGGCGGGAGGAGCCGUCGGAUCUGUCGGAGCCGUCGGAGCCGCCGCCGCGCCGGCCGCGGUCACAGUCAAGUCAGGACCGCGGACAGCGCCCCCCCCCCCGCGCCGCCGCCCCGCGCCCACCAUGACGGCGGAGACCCACCUGCAGGGCGUGGAGAUCUCGGCCGCCCAGUUCUUCGAGAUCUGGCACCACUACGACUCCGACGGCAAUGGGUUCAUGGAUGGGAAGGAGCUACAAAACUUCAUCCAGGAGCUGCAGCAGGCACGAAAGAAGGCAGGCUUGGAUUUGACACCUGAAAUGAAAGCUUUUGUGGACCAAUAUGGGAAGACUACCGAUGGAAAAAUAGGAAUAGUCGAGCUUGCUCAGAUAUUGCCAACGGAAGAGAACUUCCUGUUGUUCUUCAGAUGCCAGCAGCUAAAGUCAAGCGAAGACUUCAUGCAGACAUGGAGGAAAUAUGACAGCGACCACAGUGGCUUCAUUGAUUCUGAAGAACUUAAGAGCUUCUUGAAAGAUUUAUUACAGAAAGCAAAUAAGCAGAUUGAAGACUCAAAGCUAACGGAAUACACAGAAAUAAUGCUCAGGAUGUUUGAUGCAAACAAUGAUGGAAAGUUGGAGCUUACUGAACUGGCCAGACUACUCCCUGUACAGGAAAAUUUUCUUAUUAAAUUUCAGGGUGUCAAAAUGUGUGCAAAAGAAUUCAACAAAGCCUUUGAGAUGUAUGAUCAAGAUGGCAAUGGCUAUAUAGAUGAAAAUGAACUUGAUGCCCUACUGAAGGAUCUCUGUGAAAAGAACAAAAAGGAAUUAGACAUUACCAACCUUGCAACAUACAAGAAAAGCAUCAUGGCCUUGUCGGAUGGAGGAAAGCUUUACCGAGCAGAAUUGGCUCUUAUUCUUUGUGCUGAGGAAAACUAGAGCUCUUCUAUCAUGUCCACUUAACUAGUGAUGUACUCUACACAAUAACUGUGCACUGUAAGGGAGUAGGCUGUAUUUUUAAACUGCAUAUAGAAAAUUAGCCAGGAUGUGUGGCACAUUCCUUUCAGUUUGUUUCUAUACUGUUUGUAAUGUACAGUUUUUGUAACAAUAAGACUGAUAAAGAGAAUGUCUAUGUUUGGGCCAGUCUGUAUAUUCAAAAAGAAACUAAAAUAUGCCAGGGUUGGUUUUGGUUGGGUUUUUUGCUUUCAUAAACAUGGCUGGAUAAAAAUUAAACCUGCUGACAUUGCUGUGGUCAUCAUAUCCUUUGACACUUGCAACAUUUCUUGUUGAACUACGUAACAAAAAGAUCUACAGGCAUCUUUCCCAUUUCAACUAAAGGUGAGGUUUUUAAAUAUAACAUGAAUUCAGAUUAAACAUGAUCUAGGUCUGAAAGAAGAAAGAGACAUUGGCAUAUCUGAUUUCCAAAACUUAAUAAGGCACUAAGAAAUAUUUUCAGUCGUCAAGCCACCCACUUUCAGGUCUGUGCUCUCUGCAGUUUUACAAUUACUCUUCUCAUAUGAAUUCAUAGCAUAUAGACAAAGCAUUUAUCUGGAAUAGAUCUCCAUGCAGUAGUUGAUAAAAAUAUAGUGUUUCCAAUCUAGCUGUUUUACUGAAUUUAAACACAGGCACUUCAUAAAUAAAUGCCUUUAAUCCAUCUUGGAAUCCUGGCUAAAUGACAGGUAGUAUAGUUAAUACACAGAUUAACAUAUGAUAUUAUAAGUGUACCUUUCAUGACUAUUGCUGUGUCAGAGAAUAUGACAAUCCAUUUUCUAAACUAUUUUCACAUUUUGCAGGUUAUAAUUAUUCUAGUCAAUUGCUGUUUUUACAUCAUAUUCUGUGUAAUCUAUAAUUAAAUUUAAUAUCCUAAGAUUGUUGGUGUCUAGUUUGUGUAUCUCCUGAAUUCUUACUUCUGUACCAUCUAAAGGACAAAUUGACUAUUCUAAAAAAAUGUGCCUCCUUGGAUCUUAUACUGAAUCACUAGUCUACAAUAGUAGUGUUAAAAUUUGACACUAAAUGAAAAAAAUAGUAAAGAUUUUGUAACAAUAUAGUAACUUAAUUUACAUGGUCAGCUCUGCUUUUUAUUAUGUUAGAGAUGUAUUUUCUAAAUGAGAACUAUACUAUGAAGCAGCCCUGUCUUCUUGCAUCUUUUUUUUUUUUUUUUUUGACCUGGCUCCCUUUUCACUUUACACCAAUUUUACGCCAGACAACUUCAUGAAUGUCCAGGCCAUUGCUCUCAGUAAGUACUGGAGAAGGAAGGAAAUUGGGCUGUCUUAAGGCCAAGAAACCUGUGCUGCCUCCACGUACAACUGUUUUGGAAGCAAUUCCAGGUUAGCAGACUAGCUAUGUGCAACUUCUCAGAUGCCUCUCUGCAUCUUAUUUAACAAAUGGAAGCAAAUGCAUUUUAUUUGAAAUGUGUCUCAAACAAUGAGGCUCAGAUCCUCUGGGAUUACAGUCAAUGAACUCCCACUGAAAUGAAUCCUUGAAUUCCUCGGGUGAACUCAGGCAACUAAAUACCAUGUCAGUCAGGAAAGGCUUAAUAGCCUUGGGCUCUCUCCAGGCUGAGCCUUGGAAAGUUAAGGAAUAGGUGGUGCUGGAUGGGGUCUUGCUGGCAAAAAACCACAUAAAACAUUAAAAUAAGGUUAAGCUAGCUCAUUCUCACUGCUUUACUCCCACUCCACGCACAGUGAUUUAACUUCUCAUCUGCUUGUCUCUUUUCUCUAUGCAAUGUGAAAUACAACUGUGUACGUUAAGUGAAGGAACAGUGAAUUUGCCUAUCAGUACAAUAAAUGAUUGAUCUUGUUCAUAUUGUGCACUUGAAA